AUUCCCUUUGUUUACUCUCCUCUCUGCACGCUGAAAAUAAAAAUCUGUAUAAAUAAAAAACCCUACGCCUCUCUCUCUCUCUCGUCUUCUCUCCUUCCCAGUCUCACACAAACUUCCUUCGUAUAAAUCCUUUGUUUCCAUAAAAAGUCAUAUAAAAAUAUAUAUAUAUUCGCAAAAAUAUCGCUAUAUUCGAAGAAACUCUCACCCCCUUAGGGUUUCCAAUCUCUAAAUCCGAUCCCACAAUCACCCAAAGAUCCUUACUUUUUCGGUAAUCCCCCCUGCCUCACUCAAAAAAGAUUCGAUUUUUUUAAGCUUCCGGUGAACCGGAGAGCUAAUACAUUAUAAAAGGAACAGACUUUUCUCGAAUCUGAGAGGGGGUUUGUUUUUGAUUUAAACAAUGGAUGACCUUGAAAACGCAAUACUAAUCAGCUUCGAAUCUGGUCCUGUCGAAGCUUCGUUAAAGUCUCACGCCGUUAGUUACUGUCAGCAAAUCAAGGAAACGCCGGAUGUGUUUAGGAUUUGUAUCCACAAGCUCUGGUUCUGUAACCUUGUCCAAGUCCAGUUCUGGUGUCUCCAGACUCUCCAGGACGUUCUGAGGGUCAGGUACGGAUCCAUGAGCUCGGAGGAGAGGAGUUUCGUGAGGAGCUCGGUGUUCUCGAUGGCGUGUCUGGACGGUGUUGAUAACAAUGAGGGCCUUGUGAGGGUUGUGGAAGGGCCUGUGUUUGUUAAGAACAAGCUCGCUCAGGUUUUGGUUACUCUGAUCUACUUUGAGUACCCUUCGGUUUGGUAUUCUGUGUUUGUUGAUUUCAUGAGGUGUCUGAGCAAGGGAGGUGUUGUGAUUGACAUGUUUUGUCGGGUUUUGAAUGGGUUGGAUGAUGAGUUGAUUAGCUUGGAUUACCCUCGGUCCCCUGAGGAGAUUGCGGUGGCUGCUCGGGUUAAGGAUGCGAUGAGGCAGCAGUGUGUCCCUCAGAUUGCUAAAGCUUGGUAUGACAUUGUCUCCAUGUACAGGAACUCUGAUCCUGAUCUGUGCGCUACGGUGUUGGAUUGUAUGAGGAGGUUUGUGUCUUGGAUUGAUAUUAAUCUUGUUGCGAAUCAAAUGUUUGUUGCGCUGCUGUUUGAGUUGAUUUUGUCUGAGGGGUUGGCUGAUCAAGUCCGUGGUGCAGCUGCUGGGUGUGUCUUGGCCACGGUUGCUAAGCGGAUGGAGCCCCACUCGAAACUGCCUCUCUUGAAGGAGCUCCAUAUAAGCCGUGUUUUUGGUUUAGUAGUGUCGGGAGAUGCUGAUUCAGAGCUUGUGUCUGAGGUGUCCGCUCUGGUUACUGGCUAUGCUGUUGAGGUUCUGGAGUGCCAUAAGCGGUUGAACUCAGAGGAGACCAAGGCAGUCUCCAUGGAUCUGCUGAACGAAGUUCUGCCAUCGGUUUUUUACGUCAUGCGGAACUGUGAGGUUGACUCUACUUUUAGUAUCGUCCAGUUUCUCAUGGGUUACGUUUCGACUCUCAAAGGCUUCCCUGCACUGAAGGAGAAGCAGCUCCUCCACAUUAAUCAGAUUCUUGAAGUGAUCAGGAUCCAGAUUUGCUACGACCCUAUGUAUCGUAGCAACCUUGACUCGCUGGAUAAGAUUGGGUUGGAAGAGGAAGAUAGAAUGUCCGAGUUUAGAAAAGAUCUCUUCGUCUUGUUGCGUACAGUGGGACGUGUUGCUCCUGAAGUUACGCAGCAUUUCAUCCGAAACGCUCUAGGAAACGCUGUUAAAUCCUCUUCUGAGAGAAACGUGGAAGAAGUGGAAGCUGCGCUCUCGCUUUUGUAUUCGCUUGGAGAGGCUAUGACGGAGGAGGCCAUGAAAACAGGAUCUGGAUGUUUGAGUGAAUUGAUUCCAAUGCUGUUGACCACUAAGUUCCCUGGUCAUUCUCAUAGGCUAGUGGCACUUGUGUACUUGGAAAACAUAACUAGGUACAUGAAGUUUAUCCAGGAACAUUCUCAGUACAUUCCAAAUGUUCUUGGUGCUUUCCUUGAUGAAAGGGGUUUGCAUCACCAGAACGUCCAUGUGAGCCGUAGAGCUUAUUACUUGUUCAUGAGAGUGGUUAAACUGUUGAAAUCAAAGCUUGUUCCGUACAUUGAUGAGAUCCUGCAGAAUCUCCAAGAUACGUUGUCCCAGUUGACAACCAUGAACUUUGCAUCAAGAGGACUUUCAGGAACUGAAGAUGGCAGUCACAUUUUUGAGGCCAUUGGCUUAAUCAUAGGGCUAGAGGAUGUUCCAGCUGAAAAGCAGUCAGAUUAUCUAUCUUUACUGCUUACUCCUCUCUGUCAACAGAUUGAGAACGGACUUAUGGAGGCAAAAGUCGCAAGUUCCGAAAACUUUCAUGCAAAAAUUGCUAAUAUCCAGUUUGCCAUUGUGGCUAUUAAUGCUCUCAGCAAGGGAUUUAGUGAACGUCUUGUUACUGCGAGCCGUCCUCGAAUUGGUCUCAUGUUUAAGCAGACACUAGACAUGCUUCUAAGGAUUUUGAUCGAGUUUCCAAAGGUUGAGCCUUUGCGGAGUAAGGUCAUAUCACUCAUACAUCGUAUGGUUGAAACCCUUGGACCCUCUGUGUUGCCCUAUCUUCCCAGGGCUUUAGAACAGCUACUUGCUGACAGUGAGCAGCCGAAGGAAAUGGUUGGUUUCCUGGUACUACUCAAUCAGCUCAUCUGCAAGUUCGGCACCUCUCUCCGUGGUAUACUGGACGAAGUCUAUCCUGUGGUUGCCUAUAGGAUUUUCAAAGUAAUUCCAAGAGGAGAUGACUCACCCUCACGUUCUGUUACUAUUACUGAGGAAAUGAGGGAAUUGAUCGAGCUUCAAAGGACGCUGUACACGUUUCUUCAUGUGAUGGCCACACAUAAUCUCUCUUCUGUAUUCCUUACCCCUAAGUGUGAGCCGUAUUAUGAACCAAUGAUGCAGCUGCUUUUGAACACUUCUUGUACUCACAAGGACAUUACUGUGCGAAAGGCAUGCGUGCAGAUAUUUAUUAGACUAAUUGAAGAUUGGUGUCCCAAGCCAUACACAGAGGAGAAGGUCCCAGGUUUUGAUCUCAAGAUCAAAACUUUUGCAACAAACUGCUGCUUUUACAGUGUACUUGAUAAGUCUUUUGACUUCAAUGAUGCGAAUACUCAGGGCUUGUUCAGUGAAAUCAUCAAGGCUCAGAAAGUGAUGUAUGACAAAUUUGGUGAUGCAUUUCUCAUGCAUCUUUUGUCUGGAGCUUUUCCAUCUGCAGAUCGUCCACAAGAUUUGGCGGAGCAGUAUCGCCAAAAGUUGCAGGGUAAUGAUACUGGGGGACUCAAGUUAUACUACCAGUCCCUUAUAAAAAAUCUCAGGCUUCAACAAAACGGGAAUCAUGUUUUCAGAUAGCAUUCGAAAUAAAGGUUUCUCAUAAUCAAUUCUGCCGCGAGCUCUACCACUGUGAACUCUAAAAGGUUUCUCCAGAUGUAAAUAUUGUUGCCAUUGUGUUACUCGAGAGAGGCAACAAGUUGUACCUUUACCAAAAGAAACAUGUUAUUGAUUCACUCCCCCCGAAGUAGUUUACUCGAACCAAGGGCAUUGCAAGUUCUUCCAGUGCAACACUCCAAAUUUUUCUCUUUUGUUUUUUUUUCUGGCCUUUUUGUCGUGGGAUUGUAUCUAUAAAGCUUCUCUUCUUUUGCCCUAUCUCCAAAUUUUGAUUAUGUCAUGACUCUUGAACUUGUGCUUUAGGUGUUACGUGCUUCUUCUUGUCCAUGAAAAUACUUGGAAAGAAAAAACAAAAGAAACAGAAAGUUUUGGCUGA